CCCUCCUCUCCCUUCACUCUUUGCUCUCAGGCUGCAAUGAGGUUAACAGCCCUGUGCGUAUGUGGGACCCUGCUGGCCUUCUCAAGUCUCUCUUGGAUCACAGCAGACUCUGAUGAAGGAAUACUCCUUGUGGAUAAAGGAUUUGGCCCCUGCACUGUAACACUGACGCCUGGGGGGCAGUGCAGACAGGUGCAGCAUGAGAGCACGUGCCCUUACUUACUCACUUUGCCACCGCUGAGGAUUCACCUGCCACAGCACCUCAAAGAGCUGGAUAAGAUCGUGGAGGACCUGCAGAAGCUGAAGGACAGUGUGGAUGAACUGCGGGAGAUCUGCGCAGACUGUACAGUAAGCCAAACUGAGAGAGAGUGUGGAAGGCAAAGAGAGAAUGAGCGUGAGACACUGAGUGAGGAGACGGAUAGACGUGAGGAUGAGAGAAACUGGGUGAAUGAGAGACUUCAAGAGAAUGGUUUUAAACAAGAGUGCAGCACAGUCAGUGUUAUGGAAGGAGAUGGAGACUCGGAAAAAACAGGCACUCUGGAAGAGAAAGAAAGAAAGAAAUGGGAGACAGAAAGAGAGAGCAAUGGAGGACUCAUAAAAGAAAAUGAGGAAGGAGAAACUCUGACAGAAGUGCUGGAAACUGAAGGAACAACUCAAUCAGACAGAGGAAAAGGAAAGGACAAAGUGGUUCCAACAAAGGUAACAACUGGUGGUGUAAAUGAGGGAACAGUAGGAGAAAAGGUUGCUGACAAAAACAAUAGGCAGGGGGAGGGAGACAGAAAUAAAGACACUGCCGGAGAAGAGAAUUCAAAGAGAUAUCAAGAGAAUAAUCUGGACAUCCCUACAAAACCCAAACCUGUCCAAGAGCCUGAAUCAAAAGAAAGUCCAACAGCUAGCUACACAGAAAAACCUAAACAAAAGGAGACAUCUGAUGAAAAUCCAUCACACAUGUCUAAUUCUAAUCAAGAUCCAACACCAGGAAAGAAAACCAUGCCUGAGACCAUGAAAACACCCCCCAACCAAAAGCCUAAAACCAGACAGAACAUCCCUACAAAACCCAAACCUGAUCAAGGGCCCAACCUACCAAGACAUACAAAACCUGGGACAAGCUUCAAGCCAAAACCGAAUGUAAGGCCCAAAACUGGCCCCAAACCACCAGAAACCAGUCACAACUUUAAAACACCUAAGCUUGGAGAAACGCCUAAUCUGAAUGCCAAGCCUGCACCUCGGGCAGAGUCCAAUAGAACGUCAAAACCAAGGCUUCCCUUCAUUUACCGACCACGAAGCAUGCCUACAGUUAGGCCAGGAGCACCACCAGUUCAAAGGCCAAAACCAGCAGUGCAACCAAAGCUAAGUCCAAAGACCAAAACAGAUCCACCUAACAUCAGCUGGACUACUUCAGAUCACACCCAAACCUCUCAAAUCAACACGCCUUCUACAUCUGGCCCCAUAAAGCAUACUGCUGAAGUGACUCAUUCCUCAGGGGACAGAGAGUUCAAUCCCAGUCUAAGGAAAACUGUCACUCCAGGUCCAAAGACCUCCAACAGUCUGGAAAAUGGAGCCUUCCCUCACCUUCAAAGUCUGCCUGAAGAUUCCACUAUGAGCCCAAACAACAGGAUUGUGUCUGAUCUGAGGCCACAAACAGCCAGUCAACCAGCAUCAAUCCCAAUGACAACAAAACCAAACAAAAUCAUCACUCCAGGAUCCUCAAAGUCAAAGACAAAUUCUGGCUCAGACACACAAACUGAGAAACAUCACAAGAUGGAAGAAAUAGCUCCUGCAUUCUCUACAUCUCCUUCUCCCAUAUCUCACAUUAUCUCUCCACCCAGCCCUGACUUCAGGUCAACAACUGCGACCACCCCUGGCCCCAAGCACCCCGAGCUCGCUGCCGAGGCUUCCACUCCCAGUGCACGUGAGUUACGAGUGAAAAUCAACCAGGUGGCCGCUUUCUUCAAUAACAGCCUGAGUCCUAAUGGCAGUCCACCAAACAUGCAUCACCAAGACCACUCAGAAGAGAACCAGGGAGGCAUCAGGCCUGACAACACGGACGGCAAACUGCCAACAGACAAACCACCUAAAGUUACCAUGCUACCGAGAGACUGCUCGGACCACCUGCUCAGGGGAAAAACAAAAAGCGGGCUUUACCUGGUGACCCCUGACCUCCGCACUAGUAGCUUCUCGGUGUACUGCGAGAUGGAGCAGGAGGGUGGAGGGUGGACCGUCCUGCAGCGCCGCCAGGACGGCAGCGUGAACUUCAACCGCACCUGGGCAGAAUACCAAUCCGGCUUCGGGGAGCUUGACAGAGGGGAGUUUUGGCUGGGCAACAACAUCAUCCACCUGCUGACCCGCGACAGGGAGAUGGUGCUGCGGGUGGAGCUGGAGGAUUUUGACGGGUUGACGGGGUAUGCGCAGUACGAGCAGUUCAAGGUGGCCAGCGAACGCCUGCGCUAUAGACUGACAGUAGGCAGUUACUCGGGCACCGCAGGUAAUGCUCUCCGCUUCAGCAAAAAGUACGAUCACAGCAACAGGGCGUUCACCACGCCGGACAGGGACCACGACCGCUACCCCUCCGGGAACUGCGGGGCCUACUACAACUCCGGCUGGUGGUUUGACGCCUGCAUGAGCGCAAACCUCAACGGGAGAUAUUACAACGGGAGGUACAAAGGUGUGCGGAAUGGGAUUUUCUGGGGGACAUGGCACAACAUAUUAUCAGAGUACUACCCCACCAAUGAGAGACAGUCUUUUAAGAGAGUGAGGAUGAUGAUCAGACCUAAGGACUUUGUGCCAUAAGAUGUGCUGGGGAAAGAAAACAAUGCAUACCAUCGUCAACGAUAAGCCCGCAGGAUACUCCAUAAAAGUUUAAUGAAAUCUAGUGUACGCUCCACACUAUUUAACCAGUAAGGCAAUACUGCCGCCCUGUGGUGUUUUCUAUAAUGUGUUGUUUACAAUAACAGGAUGUAUAUACUAGUGACAAAAGCAGGGUUGCCUAGUUUAUUUUAUAACCUUUCCAUAAUAAAGUGAUAACAUUGCUUUUGUCGAGAGGGGGAUUUGAAAAUGAAGGAAAUCUUCAUGUGAAGAGUUAUUUUUCUACCAGUGAUAUGAAUCCAAGGUGACCAGGUGCCCCACUUCACGUGGGACUGCAUGGCAUGUUUAUCCUUUUGCCUCCCUCCACUCCAACCAAGGCCCUGCAUUUUAAGAAACAUGUGGCUCAGACAGAGAUGUGGCGAUCCGUGGAUGCGUCCUUAUCAAACAGAAAUGACAAGUAGGAGUAUUAGGACUGUAGAAUAAGGAAAUAUAGGAGUGCACAAAGACUAGAAAGCUCGUUACAUACGCAUCGGUUUCAAAUAAAUUGUCAUUCCUAUCACACCGAUGCCAACCCUGACACCAGCAUAGUUUUUGUGUAAUUAUUUGUAUUUAUUUCUUCAGUAACAAAACAAACGGUUUGCCCCACAUGUAGUAUGUUGGGAUCUGGUCACCGUGACGGGUAUGUAGCAUAAGAGACUUUUAUUACAUGUACUGGAAGGGCAGUUCAUAGAUUGAAGCUGUCUGUGGUGUGUUGAAUGCUUUUGUUUUGUUAAAAUGAAUAAAAUGAGUUUACAGAA